AUGGUUUCGAAAAAUAGUCUAACAAAAGGGAAGGGUCUUGAAUCUACAUCAAAGGAUGAAGGCAUAUUAUUCCAUGAAAAAAGAAGUUUAUUUAAAAUAAGAGAUAAUGGUUCUGCAGUUCCUAGAUUGGAGUUAUUUUAUGGAAAUUUGAAUAUACCCCUAAGGUAUAUCUCGCUAUUGCUCCUGGCCCUGAAAGCAGUCUGUGUAGUAUUAUGUACAAGACUUAGUUUUAGAUUUCCUGCAAAAGAUGGGCAUAAUUAUAUUCCUUCUGUAGCAGUUGUUUGUUCCGAGUUCAUCAAGUUAACGGUUUCAUUAAUCAUGAUUUUUUUUACAACGGGGAAAAAAGAUAUUAAAGCGUUUCCAAAAGCAUUGUAUUUGGAAUUCACAUCAGAUAAAUUUGGUAACUUAGUAGUUUUGAUACCUGGAGUUCUAUUCCUUUUUCAAAAUAACCUGCUUUACAUUUCUUUAAAAAGGCUUCCUGCAGCUCUUUAUCAGGUAAUGUAUCAACUGAAAAUUCUUACAACUACGUAUUUUAGCGUUUUAAUUUUGAAGCGUAAGCUUAGUUUAACUCGCUGGUUUGCAUGUUUUCUACUCAUUUUUGGAGUCGUAAUGAUCCCAAAGAAGUCAAAACAUUCUUCUGUGGAGCCUAAUUCGGGAUUAUCCGAAUUCAUUAUUGGUCUUUUUGCUGCAUUUACUUCUUCUUUCACAUCUGGGCUUGGUGCUGUUGUCUUAGAAAAGGUACUUAAAGAUACCGAUGAGCGUAUUCGCGUAGGAAAUGGUGGAUUUCAGACUACUGUUUGGGGAAGAAAUGUAAUUCUUGCAUUGGUCGGUAUAAUUGGAGGAGUUCCACUAGCUUAUUUUAGCUCUAAAGAGCUAAUAAGAGAACACGGGAUAUUUCAGGGAUUCUCUCCGUUUGUAUUGUUGGUUAUAUGCCUAAACGCAGGGACAGGUUUUGUGGUGGUUGCUGUCUUAAAAUAUGCAGAUGGAAUCUUAAAGUGCUUUUGUAAUGCACUUUCAAUUGUACUAAUUACACUUAUAUCAUGGCUAUUUUUGGGAGACACAAAGAUGACUCCUAGAUUUGCGUUUGCAGCAACUGUUGUUGUUUGCGCAGUGACAAUUUAUUCUCUUGAUAAAGCAAUUCCCCAAAAGUUCUUCAAUGUUUCAGAAUUGUUCCGUUCCAAAGAUUUAUCCGGGAAUCCAAACACUUUAGGCUCAAUUGAGAAAGGUGAAAAAUCUGAAAACGUAGCAAAAGAUUUGGAAGAUUCGCCUCUGAUUAAUGCCAAUUCAAAAAUAUAA